UGACCUGUGCCGGAAUCUGAUUGGUUGUUGGAGUGGGAACGCUGCGUCACCAGCCUGAGGUUCCCGGAAGUGUCGUGUGUGCUGGAGACUAGUGAGUGUGGAGUGAUAGGAGGGAGCCUGACUGCAUCUCAAUAGACACCGAGCGGGGACACUGGCCGGAUAGUGCGACCACACUGAGAGACAGCAACACGGUAUACACUGAGACACCGCCCUGUGUGCCGACACCACCAUUACCCAGGUUUAAAAGUGUUUGGAACCACACUUGUUAAGUAGAAACAAUGACAACUCGCUCUGAGAGAGAAAAAGCCCAGAAGCAGAAUGAACAGCACCAAGCUAUUCUGUCCAAGAUGUUACGAGAGGAAGACAAUAAAUAUUGUGCUGACUGUGAAGCCAAAGGUCCAAGAUGGGCUUCCUGGAAUUUAGGAGUUUUUAUUUGUAUUCGGUGUGCUGGAAUUCAUCGAAAUCUUGGUGUCCAUAUAUCAAGGGUCAAAUCUGUCAACUUGGACCAGUGGACUCCAGAACAGAUUCAGUGUAUGCAGGACAUGGGAAAUACAAAGGCUAGAGUUCUAUAUGAAGGCAAUCUUCCUGAGAACUUUAGAAGACCCCAGACUGACCAAUCUGUGGAAUUUUUCAUCAGAGAUAAAUAUGAAAGGAAGAAAUACUAUGACAAGAACGCUGCUACGACUAUCAGUACGUCGUCCUCUGAUGCUGUGCAGCCCUCGGCAUCCUCUCCUUCUCUGCAAGCUGCUGCUGAGAAAAGCAAAUUGGAGAAAGAAAAGGAGAAAAAAAAGGAAGAGAAGAAAAACGAUAGAGAGACUGAAAAACCAAUUAAACCGAUUGUAGAAAAGAUAGCGAAAAAAGAGCCACAGGUAGAAGUUAAAGCCAGUCCAAAAAAAGCCCCGGAACUGACCGUGGAUCUGUUAGGUCUCGAUACCCCAGCUGAUGGUCCGGUGGCAAAUGGGAGCUCAUCUAAUACAGCAACAUUAAAUGAUGACUUGGAUAUUUUUGGACCAAUGAUCUCUAAUCCUCUUCCUUCUUCAGCUGCACCUCCACCACAGGUCACUUCCAGCAAUCCAUCUGCUUCUACGGUAUCUUCUUCAACUGGGGACCUUGACUUAUUUACCGAUCAAACAGUGAAAACUGAAGAUACUCCAAAGAAGCCACUGUCAAAAGACUCAAUCUUGUCACUUUAUGGUACGACAAAUAUGCAGCAGCAAAGCAAUCCAGGAAUGUUCAUGGGUUCCUCUCCUAUGCCAUAUUCUACACAGCCUGCCACAAAUUUUCAGGCUUUCCCUCCAAUGGGUGUACCUGUUCCGGUUAGCAGUGGCAUGAUGGGGAACAUGAUGGGGCAACCAAUGCCAGGCAUGGGACAAAAUACCGGAAUGAUGGUUGGCAUGGGAAUGCCCAAUGGCUUUGUGGGAAAUGCUCCACCUGGUCUGGGAAUCUCUCCUAAUAUGAUGGGACCACAAGCAAUGGUUGGAAACAUGGCAACACCCCCAAACAAAUUUGGCAUGCAACAAGGCCAGCAAUCUCCUUGGAACCUUUCUCAGAUGAACCAGCAAAUGAGCGCAAUUAAUCUGAACGGAGCAAGCAAUGUGAUGGCUUUUGGUCAACCAGCUAACACUGUAGGAGGCGGAUGGGCUGGAAAUGCCACUGGCCAGACUCUAAGCACGCAGCUGUGGAAAUAAAAGCAUCCUCCGAGACCUCAUCAAGAGAAUCCAUUCUACAUUCCUUGCUUUGAUGCACAUGAUGCUCCUUAUUUCAGCCAUGUACAUAUUAUGCUUUCUCUUCCAGAUGCUCAUAAACAGAGCCGUUCAGAUGGACUUGUCAAUUUUGUAUUGAUUUGAAUUUGUGGUAACUAGUGGUUUUAACCCUCAAUGACUGCCAGAACAGGGUGAACAAUGCAAAGUAGCCCUCGGCUGUGACACAGAAAGGGUUAAAUAGCAUUUUCAUAUAACUGGCAUUCUAGAUCUAUGAUUUCAUGACUAAUAUAUAAAAGCUGCUUGUCCAACCUGUAUAGGUAUUUCCGCUCCAAUUUCACACACAAAAAACACACAAAUCUAAUGAUUACAUUUUAACGAAAAUGGGUUUCAUGGUAUAAGUAUCCAAAACAAUAUAGCAAUGCUUCCCCUUUCCUACCUAUCCCUUUCUGUAUAUCAAUCCUUGAAAACAUAUUGUGAUGGUAUGAAAUUCAGUUUAAUCAUGUGAAUCGAUUAGAAAUGUGUCACUGAACAGCAUUUUCUUGUUUUAACACCUUUUGGAUGUCGAUUUAUUGUAUUCUGUGAUGUUAUUACAGUGGGCCGAACCUGCAACCGUUGCAUUUGAAAGGAAUAUAUUCCUGGACGGAACAUGUCUGCAAGUUGCAUUAUCUAAGAAGGUCUAUGUUCUCUAAGAACAAGUUAUGCAAGUUCACCGCAUACUUUUAUACAAUUUGUCCUUCAUGGUGGAAUAUGUAUAUUUAGCACAACUGCUGAAUAAUUACCCACUAUAAAAUUUUCUUCCUAGAAAGUACAUCCAGGUUUAUGACCGUGAUUGUGUUUACAUUUUAAGGUGCCUAGUAUUAAAGAGUUGUUACCCUUCCCCAGUUUUAAAUGGAUAAUUCCACAGAUUGUUUGUAUUUAAUCUAGCCUUUGUGGCUAUAGUUUAUUACUUAAUACUGACAAGGCAAUCAUUGAUCUGUAUGCUGUAAUUCUGUGAGUAGAAUGUUCUGUAUGUUAUGUUCUAGAACCUGUAAUCAUUACAUAGGGGGCCCUAUUGUAAACACAGACUUCAACAUUGUCCUAUCCUACAGGACAGGGCUUAGGAAAAUGAGGCAUAGUGGCACAUGCAGACCAUGUACAAAUACAGUAUAACACACAAGUUGUAAAGUCUGUAACGUUCCACAUAUGUUCUUGGCAUUCCAGGAACUUGAAGCUUUUGAUUGAAGGCCAACAUAAGAUCAGCGUAGGACAGCAAAUGGCAGCUUUACAUCCUUUGAAUGACCACUUCUUAAAGGACCCUUAGGGUAUUCAUUCUUGUGGACUCGACACAAUGGCAUUUAAUGAUCAUACCUCAAUUUUAAUUGUAUCCUGAGGAUGUUUGGGCUCAUUGGCCAAGUUUACCUUCUCUGUUCGAGUGUGCCACACAAGAACCUGUAAUGAAAAUUGCACACAACUGUUACUCUUUUGUGAAAUCCUGUUUUUGCACAGUUAACUUAAUAAAUGAGGGUCAUUGACUUGUGAUGUAGUCUGUUUAGCUAUUAUAAGAAUUUGUGUGUAAAAUGUACUAUGAGAGGAA